UUCAAUAUGGCGUCGCCGAACUUUUCUUUUCAUCCAGGUUUUCCUCAGCCAUUGUGGACAAAUGGACCCACUCCUGGUGCACAUUAUAACUUUCCUGGUGGAAAAAGUAAMGCUGAGACAGGRCCAGCUAARAGAACUCUCUAUCCUACAACUACAGGAACCUCAGUUCUUGGUAUAAAGUUUAAUGGUGGUGUAGUAAUGGCUGCUGACACAUUAGGUUCCUAUGGCUCACUGGCUCGAUAUCGUGCUGUCUCGCGUCUCAUGAAAGUCAAUGACAAUACUGUUAUUGGGGCUUCUGGUGACUACGCAGAUUUCCAGUACCUCCAAGCUGUGCUUGAACAAAAAAUUAUUGAUGAUGCUUGUCUUGACGAUGGACAUGGUUACACUCCACAAUCAAUCUUUUCCUGGCUGACGAGAAUCAUGUAUUACAGGAGAACUAGGUUCAACCCUCUCUGGAACCAAGUUAUAGUAGGUGGUUUCUACAAGGGAGAAAGUUUUCUUGGCUUUGUGGACAAGAUAGGAAUUGCAUAUCAGUCUGACACAGUUGCUAGUGGAUUUGGGGCUUAUUUGGCACAACCUAUCCUACGUGAUGCUUUUGAAAAAAAUCCAAACAUGACUCAAGAGCAAGCCAAAAAUGUUGUUAUUAAAUGCUUAAAAGUUUUGUUCUAUAGAGAUGCCAGGUCACUSAACAAGUUUGAAAUUGCUGUAAUCACCAAAGAUGGUACUAUGAUUGAUGAACCAAAGUCAGCWGACACUAACUGGAGUAUAGCACCCAUGGUUAAGUGA